ACAAUGGGGGAAGUUAGAGAACUGUCGCUAGCCGAUGUCAGUAGCCAUAAUACCGAGACGGACUGUUGGAUAGCUGUGAGCUCGAAAGUGUGGAAUAUUACGAAGUUCCUUGAUCUUCAUCCAGGUGGUAAAGCUGUAAUCCUCAAAUACGCCGGCGCCGACGCAACCACCGCCUACGAAGAGAUACAUGUGCCAGGCAUGUUAGAAGAGAACCUCUCCUCCGACAAAUUUAUCGGCAACCUCACCCCCAGCGCUCCCAGCGCUGACGUCGCACCCCCCUCGGCCGUUCAAGAAGCUACAAAAGCACAAGAAGCGCCACCGACAGCGCCUCAAACUCAAGUCACCGUCACCGUCCGGCAACCAACCGAACUCCCAGCGCUCUACUCCCUCAUCGCUGCCCACGACUUCGAAGAAGUUGCACAACGCCACUUCACCCCGAAAGCGUGGGCAUUUUACUCCUCCGCUGCCACGGACUUGGUUACGCAUCAUGCGAACAAGUCAGUGCUGCGGCGGGUGAUGAUCAGGCCCCGUAUUCUACGGGACGUGAAGGAGGUCUCGAUCAAGCGGAAGAUUUUGGGCCAGGACAGCGCCGCUCCGUUCUUCAUCUCACCAGCUGCGAUGGCGCGACUUGCGCAUAAAGAUGGCGAGCUGGCUUUAGCGAGAGGUGCCGCUGCGGAGGGGAUUGUGCAGUGUAUAUCAAGUAAUGCGUCGUAUCCGCUUGGUAGCAUUGUGAAUGCAGGUGUGGAUGGGCAGACGUUCUUCUUGCAGCUUUAUGUCAAUUGGGAUAGGCCUAAGACCGCUGAGUUAUUAAAGAAGGCAGCGUCGUUAGGAAUCAAGGGGGUGUUUGUGACUGUUGAUGCGCCAGUACCGGGAAAGAGGGAGGCAGACGAGAGGGUGGCGGCUGAGGCUGUGGCUAGUGCAAUCAGUGGAGCGGUUGCGAGUAAUGAUAGGAAGGGUGGUGGUAUGGGGAGGCUGAUGGCGGGGUAUGUGGAGAAGAGUUUGAUAUGGAAGGAUAUUCAGUGGAUAAAGGAGGUAUCUGGAUUGCCUGUUGUGCUUAAAGGGGUGCAGAGCGCGGCAGAUACGAUGCUGGCAGUUGAGUAUGGGGCCGCGGGUGUGAUGUUAAGCAACCAUGGCGGAAGGUCUUUGGACGGCGCACAACCUACCAUACUGGUCCUCCUCGAGCUGCACCGAGUGUGCCCGGAAGUCUUCAAUCAGCUCGAAAUCUACGUUGAUGGAGGAUUCGAAAGAGGCUCAGACAUCUUGAAAGCACUUGCUCUGGGAGUAAUGGCAGUAGGGCUCGGGCGGCCGUAUCUCUACUCACUGGCAUUUGGUUCUGAUGGAGUGGAGCACCUUACGCAGAUACUGAAAGAUGAAUUGGAAACUUCGAUGCGACUUUGUGGAAUAACAGACAUUGAUCAGCUUCACCCCGGACUACUUAACACGCAGGAUAUCGACCAUUUGGUCACUAACGAGGUCGAUCGGCACCCUUGGGUGAAAUGGAAGCCGAAGGCAAAGAUAUGAAGGAAAUAGAUAGAACGAUACCAUAGAUGAUGGUGUAGAGUAAUCCUUGGCUACAAAUGAAGAUUGAAGGAGUAAUUGGUGUUGAGGAAAGACAACGAUUUCGGAAAGGGGCUCAUUUCAGAAAGGAGUAGCGUUUUGACCACACGUUCCCAACCCAUUUUCUCAUCCAUCCAUACUUGGAAUAUCAAGCAUGCUCAAGAAAGACUAGGGCAUAUGUACGAAGAAAUUCACGACACACCCAUAGGCUCCU